AUGACGUCUGAAGCGUUACCCAACGCGGAGGAGUAUGAUUCGGCCGUGAGCCGGGACGAAGGGCUCGCUCAGAUCUUCCGUUCCCAAGUCCUUCAGAGUCCUUCGUCAGUGGCAGUCGUCGACGGAGAGAUCACCCUAACUUAUGAAGAGUUGCAUUCAAGAGCCGCCACGCUCGCUCGGGAGCUUCGAUAUAGAACGUCCACAUUGGAAGAGCCGGUGGGAAUUAUUGUGCAGCAUGGAUUUGCAGACAUCGUGGCCCAGAUUGCCAUCCUCUAUGCCGGUGGGAGUUGUGUCCCUAUGGAUCCAACGUUACCGGAUCUCCAAAUUCAAAUUCGAUUGCAGAAACUGCAAACGAGAUACAUAUUAGUCGACAAGGCCAAUGCCCAGCGAAGCCUCCCGUUUCAACAGCUAGUCAUUGACGACUGGUUCACGCUGCCAGACAAAACAUUGUCGGUUUGGAAUACAGAUCUUCUCGUCACGACCGACCUCGAACACAGGACUCACAUAAUUCAUACUUCCGGUACGACAAGCGAGCCAAAGGCAGUUCAAAUAGCGGCCCGUUCCAUCCUACAGGUGGUAUUCCACGCACCCUUCGAGCCUGUCCUACCGACAGAUACAGUCGCCCAUGUCAACAACUCCAGUUUCGACGUCUCCCUCUUUGAUAUCUGGGCACCACUGUUGCGUGGAGCUAGCAUUGUGGUUCUGAAAAAGAAUGUUUUGCUAGAUUUACCGGUCAUGGCGGCCCACAUUGAUCGCUUCAAUAUCACCGUCAUGGCCACAACCACUGCAAUUCUGAACCUAGCAGCAUCAACAUACCCCAAAGCUUUCUCAAAACUGCGAAUUUGCUUCAUUGGUGGAGAAGCGGCCAACGCGACUGCAAUCAAGACGAUUCUGGCCGAGGGCCCGCCGGCUAACCUCAUCAACGCAUACGGUCCGACAGAAUGUUGCAUUUUCUGCUUGGCUCAUCGAGUCACCAUGGAUGACGCCCAGGCAGGAAAGGUCAGUAUCGGAAAACCAAUUGGCCGCACUCUCGCAUACAUCUGUGAUGAAUCUGGCGAGUUGGUCCCAGUUGGGGAGGAAGGUGAAUUGUUGAUUGGUGGCGCGGGAGUGUCGCCGGGAUACAUAAACCAACCAGACAAGAAUGCAGCCUCCUUUGUCAGUAAUAAACAUGGACGGUUGUACCGAACAGGUGAUAUUGUCCGGCGAAGGGUGACAGACGACCAGAUUGACUACGUAGGGCGCCGUGAUCAUCAAGUUAAAAUUCGUGGUUUCCGGAUUGAACUUGAUGCAGUUGAAGCGGCAAUGUUGAAGACGGGUCAAUUUUCACAGGUUGUCGCGUUAAAGGUCGAUGCAGUACCCGGCGAAGCAGCAGGGUCGGUAUUGAUUGCCUUUGCAACGCUGGCCCCAGGGUCCAAACAUCACGCAGUGUUUAAUGCUGUCGAUUCGUUGAAAGCCGUUUUGCCAGACUACAUGAUUCCCAGUAUUGAAAUUAUUCCACAAAUUCCUCUCGACAACCAUGCUAAGGUAGCCCGAAAACGUCUCCCGCAGUUGUAUCAAGAUCGUUGGACCGAGCGACACAUCAACGGCAAAGAUGAGAAAUCUGGGGACAACUAUCAGCGACUCGCUCGCUUAUGGUCAUAUAUCCUUGGUCUUCCAGUGUCUGCCAAAGAUUAUGAUGCAGACUUUUUCCUUCUCGGAGCCACCUCACUACAGGCGGCCUUCCUUAUCAACCAGAUACGCCGCACUUUCGAUGCGGAAGUUUCGCUUUUGACCUUGUACGAUAAUUCCAGCCUUGCGAAGCUGAUUGCUGCCAUUGAAGAAAGCCAGGGUGGUACCACUCGAACAGUAUCCUUUGAGCAGGAUGUAUGGCUGGAGGAUAGCAAUAUGGCAGACGGAUUUGGCCCGCUACCAGGCCCUGUGGUCGACUGGCAACACAAGACUGAAGGACGUGUCUUUUUGACAGGUGGCACGGGUUUCGUUGGUGCAUUCUUUCUGGCUGACCUUUUGCAUUUGCAAAAUGUGCGCCAGAUUGGCUGUCUGGUACGGGCUGCAGACCCAACAACUGGCUUGAAGCGUCUUCAACGCGCGCUAACCAAGUAUAAUUUGUGGGAGGAUUGGUUUGUGCACAAGUUGCUGCCAAUAUGCGGUACCCUCGAGGACGAGAACUUGGGUCUGGGAUCGCUGGAAUGCUUCGAGAAGUUUGCAAACUGGACCAGCGUUAUCUUCCAUCUGGGAGCACGAGUCAAUUACACGCAGCCAUAUUCUCUCCAUCGCCCGGCCAAUGUGGUGGGAACAGCGAAUAUACUUCGUCUCGCAUUUACUGGCCGAACAAAGGCAUUGCACUAUGUCUCCAGUAUAUCCUGCUUCGGGCCGACGGGGUUCAUAAAUGGAGUCCAAAGUGUCACGGAAGACGAAUCGUUGUUAAAGCACCUCAAUGCCCUCCCAUAUGACCAUGGAUACGCGCAAAGUCAAUGGGUUGUGGAGAACAUGCUGCAGAGACUCAUCAAGCGUAACUAUCCCAUCGCCGUCUACCGACCAGGGUUCAUCACCGGACACACUCAGACCGGCGCCUGCAACCCAGAUGACUUCUUCAGUCGUCUGGUCCAUGCGUGUGCCGAAUUAGGAAGCUAUCCAUUGCUUCCAAAUCAGCGCAAAGAAUUCGUCCCUGUUGACUAUGUCAACGCCGUCAUCUUGCAUAUAGCCUCGCUACCUGCCGAUUCUGGCUUGUGCCAUGCGUAUCACAUUGUUCCUCCGAAUCGCGCCGCUUCAAUCGACAUGAAUGACUCGAUGGAGCUUGCCAGUUCAUCGAAUUCCGCUGACGCUGGUGGGAAAGGCAUUCCUUAUCGAGAAUGGAUUGAGAUUUUGAUGGAGAAGUCUCCAGAGCGACUGCGCCCUUUGCAGCCCAUGCUGACCGAGAAGGUGCAUCAGGGACUCACGCGGUGGGAGCUCUACGAGAAUAUGCCAUUAUAUGAGACCAGCAACACGAAUAGAGCUCUGAAGAGUUACCCUGGAGAGCUUCAGUUUCCAAUCUUGGAUGGCGAGCUGAUGCAGAAGUAUCUCUCUUAUCUCCAGUCUUGA